UCCCGUGACUCCCAGCAUCCUCAGCCACGAGGACCAGACCUAAGUACCCGUAACCCUUUGCAGAGGAUGGCAAUCAGGGUCGAUUUGGUAUUGAAGGAGUUAAGGCUUCCUCUGCUUUGUGCCAGGGGGCGCCAACUGGCACCCCCCUUCUGCCACGGGGGCCACCUGUCGCUGCACUCUCCCUCCCAGAUCCCUGUGCCGUCUCCGUGCUAUUGCCAGGCACACUUCCGUCCCUGCGCUGCAGCCUUUGCUCCCGUCGCUCAUUUACUGCAAUAUCCUACGUUCCCUUGCACCCCAGCUUAUAAUGGGCACACCACAGCUGAUUUUAAUCUUAACAUUUUUUUUUAUUUAUAUAUAUAUUCUAAUUUGUUCCCAGAAUCCAUGUCACCACUCCAUAUAUGGUGAUGAUUUUUUCCUCUUUGGGUUUCCAUGACAACAAGAGCACUGCACCAUUCAUUACCUAAGGACUGAGCUGCAUCUCUCGGCUGCCUCUCGCAUCUCUCAGUGCUGCUUUUUGCGCCAUCCCACUCCCCUCCUGUGUGCUUUCCGUCCAAAAGGAGGGUGGGGGGAGGAUGGGAAGGCUAGGUACAGGAGAGGAACGGGACUAAGAGAAACCCUCUACGGCACAGCCAUUCCCUCCCAGGUAGCCACCGAGUCCCAGGGAGAGGGGGAGAGGUAGGGGGUGCAUUUCUGUGCUGAGCCCCCACAAUCCUUGCUCUGUGGUCAGUGAGAGGGGUCAGGGGGGUGAGCCAGGAGCCGUGCAUGGGAUCCCCCAGGAAAGUGCUGCCGCCGACUCUUCUGCAAGGGCUGUUCCAUCUGUCCAUACCCUCUGAGAAAGGCAAAGUUUGUGGAGAGUCCCAGAAUUCCUGAGUCUGAAUUAGGAUCCCCGACUCUCGGUUCCACCCAGAAUCUGGAAGCUGAUGCCUACCUGCUGGGGGAAGACGAGUCAGUCCUGGGCCCCCCUCCAUCCGUUGAUGAGGCUGCGAACACCCUCAUGACCCGAUUGGGUUUCCUCCUGGGAGAGAAAGUCAGCGAAGUCCAGGCGGCUGUUCCCCAAUACAGCAUGGAGGGGCAGGAGGAAAACCAAGUGAGAGAAGACUGGCAAGAAGACAAACAGGGUUCUGCGGUCACCCAGAGGAUCAGCCCCUGUUCCACACUGACCAGCAGUACAGCUUCACCCCCUGCCAGCAGCCCCUGCUCCACGCUACCACCCCCAAACACAACAGCUCCUGCCAAGGACUGCAGCCCUACCUCCACGCUGGAGAGCAGGGACAGCGGAAUCAUUGCCACCUUGACAAGCUACUCAGAAAACAUGGACCGUUCCAAAUAUGGGGCGGAGAGUGGCAAAGAUGGUGGCACCCGUGGAUGUGUGAAACAGGCCCAAAAGUCCAUGGAUUCCUGUCUCUACCGGGUUGAUGAGAACAUAAUGGCCUCUACCUUUAGCCUGAACAAGAUCCCUGAGAGGGGACUGGACACUGCUCUCUCCCAGUCUGUACAGUCAAUCCCACUCUACCUCAUGCCAAGACCCAACUCUGUUGCAGCCACCAGCUCUGCACACCUGGAAGACCUUGCUUAUCUGGAUGAGCAGAGACACACCCCACUGCGUACCUCUUUGCGGAUGCCACGACAGACCCUGGCUGGACCACGCACUCCACAGGACCUACGAGUGCGUUUUGCACCCUACCGGCCCCCGGACAUCUCCCUGAAACCACUAUUGUUUGAGGUACCAAGUAUCACCACGGAUACCAUGUUUGUGGGACGUGACUGGCUCUUCCAUGAGAUUGAUGCGCAGCUCCAGAGUGAGGAUGAUGCUGUCAACCGGGGAGUAGUGAUCUGCGGCAACAUUGGCUUUGGGAAAACCGCCAUCAUUUCACGACUUGUGGCACUGAGCUGCCAUGGGACACGUAUGCGACAGAUCAACUCUGACAGCCCACAUGCUUCCCCAAAACAUUCAGAAGCAAAUAGGGAGCUGAGCCAACCAGGACAGACACACUCAGGCAUUACUAGCGGAAGCUGCCCGGGGACACCAGAAAUGCGCCGGCGGCAAGAGGAAGCAAUGAGGAGAAUAGCAGCACAGGUGGUGGCAUAUCACUACUGCCAGGCUGACAAUGCCUAUACCUGCUUAGUACCUGAAUUUGUUCACAACGUUGCAGCCCUGCUCUGCCGGGCCCCUCAUCUUGUGGCUUACAGGGAGCAACUUCUACGUGAGCCCCACCUACAAAGCCUUCUCAGUCUGCGCUCCUGUGUGCAGGAUCCGGCUGCAUCUUUUCGCAGGGGUGUGCUAGAACCACUGGAAAACUUGUACAAAGAAAGGAAGAUUCCGGAUGAAGAUUACAUCAUUUUGAUAGAUGGGCUGAAUGAAGCGGAGUUCCACAAACCAGAUUACGGAGAUACUAUUGUGUCAUUCCUGAACAAGAUGAUAGGGAAAUUUCCCCGCUGGCUUAAGCUUAUCGUAACCGUGAGAACCACCCUGCAGGAAAUCACCAAGCAACUUCCUUUCCACCGAAUUUCCCUCGAUCGGUUAGAAGAAAAUGAGGCUAUAGACCAAGACCUUCAGGCGUACAUUCUUCAGCGUAUUCACAGCAGUUCCGAGAUACAGAAUAAUAUUUCUCUCAAUGGCAAGAUGGACAACACUACCUUUGGGAAGCUUAGUUCCCACCUCAAGACACUGAGUCAAGGAUCUUACCUUUACCUAAAGUUGACAUUUGACCUCAUAGAAAAAGGUUACCUUGUUCUCAAAAGCUCCAGUUACAAGGUGGUUCCAGUGUCUUUGUCUGAGGUCUACCUCUUGCAGUGCAACAUGAGGUUCCCCACCCAAUCCUCGUUUGAAAGGGCUCUACCUCUUCUCAACGUUGCUGUGGCUUCUCUUCACCCGCUCACUGAUGAACACAUAUUCCAGGCCAUUAAUGCGGGCAGCGUGGAUGGAGGGUUAGAGUGGGAAGACUUUCAGCAGCGCAUGGAGAAUCUGUCCAUGUUCCUAAUCAAGAGGAGAGACUUGACUCGGAUGUUUGUGCACCCUUCUUUUCGGGAGUGGCUCAUCUGGAGGGAGGAUGGUGAAAAGACCAAAUUUCUCUGUGAUCCCAGGAGUGGCCACAUUCUGCUGGCAUUCUGGUUCUCUCGCCAAGAGGGGAAGCUGAACAGGCAGCAGACCAUCGAGCUUGGGCAUCAUAUACUAAAAGCCCAUAUCUUCAAGGGUCUCAGUAAGAAGGUUGGAGUUGCAUCAUCUAUUCUUCAAGCCCUAUGGAUUUCUUACAGCACAGAUGGCCUGUCAAUGGCGCUGGCAUCUCUGAGAAACCUAUACACUCCCAAUAUUAAGGUGAGCCGUCUGCUGAUCACGGCGGGAGCCAAUGUGAAUUAUCGCACUGAGGUGCUGAACAACGCCCCUAUCCUGUGUGUUCAAGCACACCUGGGAUACACAGAGAUGGUGGCACUGCUACUGGAGUUCUAUGUGAAUGUGGACGCCAGUUCAGAGAGCGGUCUCACUCCAUUGAGCUACGCAGCCGCCUCAGGCCACCUAACUAUUGUCAUGUUGCUGUGCAAGAGGCGUGCCAAGGUGGAUCUGCUGGAUAAAAACGGGCAGUGUGCCCUGGUCCAUGCUGCUCUGCGAGGUCACCUGGAGGUAGUCAAGUACCUAAUUCAGUGUGAUUGGACUAUGGCCGGACAGCAGCCAGGAAUCCUAAAGAAGAGCCAAGCCAUCCAGCAAGCCCUGAUUGCAGCUGCUAGCAUGGGAUAUUCAGAGAUUGUCUCUUACCUGCUGGAUCUCCCUGAGAAGGAUGAGGAGGAAGAGGAGAGAGCUCAGAUUAACAGCUUUGACAGUUUAUGGGGAGAGACUGCUCUAACUGCUGCGGCAGGCCGUGGGAAGCUAGAUGUGUGUCGACUCCUACUAGAACAAGGGGCAGCUGUUUCCCAGCCCAACAGACGAGGUGUGGUGCCAAUAUUCAGUGCUGUACGCCAGGGACACUGGCAGAUUGUGGACCUUCUACUCACCCACGGGGCAGAUGUAAACAUGGCUGACAAGCAGGGCCGCACCCCAUUAAUGACAGCAGCAUCCGAGGGGCACGUGGCCACAGUGGAGUUUUUGCUGGCACAAGGAGCUUCCAUAAGUCUCAUGGACAAGGAGGGGCUCACAUCUCUGAGCUGGGCUUGCCUUAAAGGGCACCUUUCAGUGGUGCGGACACUGGUGGAAAGCGGCGCUGCUACUGACCAUGCUGACAAGAACGGGAGAACUCCUCUGGACCUUGCAGCCUUUUAUGGAGAUGCUGAGGUGGUUCAGUUCCUGGUGGAUCAAGGAGCAAUGAUUGAACAUGUAGACUACAGUGGAAUGCGCCCGUUGGACAGAGCGGUGGGAUGCAGAAACACGUCCGUGGUGGUGGCUCUUUUGAAGAAGGGAGCCAAGAUAGGCUGUCAGACCUUACCAAGCCGCCCUAAAGGUCCAGCAACUUGGGCCAUGGCAACUUCCAAGCCAGACAUCAUGGUCAUUCUGCUGAGUAAACUGAUGGAGGAGGGAGACAUGUUCUACAAGAAGGGAAAGGUAAAAGAAGCGGCUCAGAGGUACCAAUACGCUCUGAAGAAGUUCCCACGUGAGGGAUUUGGUGAGGAUCUCAAGACAUUUCGAGAACUCAAGGUGUCUCUCCUGCUUAAUCUGUCCCGCUGCAGACGAAAGAUGAAUGACUUUGGGAUGGCUGAGGAGUUUGCCACUAAAGCUUUGGAACUGAAGCCAAAAUCCUAUGAGGCAUUUUAUGCCCGAGCCAGAGCCAAGCGCAGCAGCAGGCAAUUCACUGCGGCUCUGGAGGAUCUGAAUGAGGCGAUCCAGCUUUGUCCUAACAACCGUGAAAUUCAGCGGCUGCUAAUGCGCGUCGAGGAGGAAUGCAGACAACUUGAGCAGGAGGAGGAGGUGCAGGAAUUGCAGGAUGAGCCAGAGCAGGAGGUGCAGAAUGAAGAAAUAGACUCCACACAGGAGGAUAUCUAUGAGGAAGAGUAUCUUGAGCAGGACAUGGACACUGUUCCUGUGGUGUUACCGACUGAAGUGAGGCCGUGCCCUGGUCUAACAGGAAUGCAGAGUCCACCCCAAUCUCCUGCCCAUCGGGAUUCUGCCUAUAUAUCUGGCUUUGACUUCAGGUCCAACAGCUCAGUAGGUUCUCCAACAAGGCAAAGCUACCAGUCUACUUCUCCUUCCCUUUCUCCCACUCACCAGAACUCUCACUACAGAGCCAGUCCUCCUCACACAUCACCAGCCCACCAGAGCUCAUCAUAUCGCUUCAGUCCCCCUCCUGUUGGGGGGCAAGUUAUGGACUACCCGAGCCCACCUCCUUCACCUCUACGAAGGGCACCCCAGUACAGAGCCAGUCCUCCUAGUGAAAGCAUCUCAAUGUACAGGCAGCCAUCUGGCUCUCCAGUAAGGUAUCAACAGGAACCAUGCAUAAGUCAGCUCCCAGGUAGACCCAAGUCUCCUUUGUCCAAGAUGUCUCAAAGGUCCUUCCAGAUGUCACAGCUUCCAACUGCCGUUCCUCAACCUGCACACAGGUUGCAACCUGCCAAGGCACAGAUUGUACGAAGCAACCAGCCUAGUUCUGCAGUUCACUCCAGUGCAGUAAUCUCCAGUGGGACAUAUGGACAGGUAGCACAUGGAAUGGCUAGUAAAUACCAGACAUCUUCUGGGGAGAUAAGCCAAAGCCGACUAGUGUACCAAGCCUCUCUAGGAGGUCUCCUACCAGAUGGACGUCCUGUACAGCAUGUGCAAGCUAGUUUGAGUGCUGGGGCAAUAUGUCAACAAACAUUCCCAAAAGAUGACAUUCCUCAACGGCCGACCUCUGCCUAUAGAGGUGGUAUGAGGUACAAUCAAACACCACAAAUUGGCCGCAGCCAGUCGGCAUCUUACUAUCCAGUUUGUCACUCCAAACUCGAGCUAGAACGUACUUCUCUGCCAUCCAGCCAACUUGGCUCUCCAGAAGUCUCUCACCUGAUAAGGAGACCCGUGAGUAUCAACCCUAAUGAAAUCAAGCCUCACCCGCCAACGCCAAGGCCGCUGUUGCACUCGCAAAGUGUGGGACUUCGCUUUUCUCCGUCCAGCAACAGCAUUUCAUCCUCUUCCAGCCUGUCUGCUAACUUCCGUCCAUCAGCCUCCAUUCAACAAAUGGAGAUUCCACUCAAACCAGCCUAUGAACGGCUCUGUGAUGAGUUAUCUCCGGUGUCCCCACCCCAAGGGACUUACCCCAAUGAACCUACUCGUUCCCGGACCACCCCCUUCAUGGGUAUCAUCGACAAGACAGCACGGACUCAGCAGUACCCUCAUCACCAUCAGACGAGCAGACCAUGGGCUGUUUCCUCUGUAGACACUGUCCUUAGUCCCACAUCUCCUGGUAUCCUCCCCCAGCAAGAAUCUUUCAGCCCCCCCUCCUCAAUCAGCAACAUUGCAUUUUAUAACAAAACCAAUAAUGCGCAGAAUGGGCAUCUACUGGAAGACGACUACUACAGCCCUCAUGGGGUCUUACCCAAUGGCUCCCGAGGGGACCUGUUAGAGAGAGUUACGCAGGCCUCUUCUUAUCCUGAUGUCAAAGUGGCCAGAACACUGCCUGUUGCGCAGGCUUACCAGGACAACCUUUACCGGCAGCUGUCCAGGGACUCCCGACAGGGCCAGACUUCACCCAUCAAACCAAAGAGACCAUUUGUGGAGUCCAAUGUGUAGAAUGACUGACUGUCCCCUUCUAUUCCAGGGUCUCCUCCUUUUUUCUCAUCAAUGCUCCCUUCCUAUGUCCUUCUAUGUCUUGCUCUGCAGUCAGGUGAUGGAGCAACUCUUCCUGAGACUACAGUGUCUCCUACUUCUCUUCCUUCCCCCCAGCAUUGGAGACUUUAACUCAGUUUGCACUUCUGACCCACCAAGUUGGGCAGAUCUGGUCCCCUAGUGCAGAAGAUACUUCCUAGAAGUCCUUCUUGCAUUGAACAAGUUGGGUUCUCAGCUGGGCAAUCUUUUUAUCCCCCUCCCUUACUAUCUAUUUAAUUUUGGAAUGUGUUUUAUUGUUUGUGAACUAGAUUUUAACCAGUAAUUGCACUUACCUUGAUAAGGCAUCCUACCAGCCCCUUCACCUUUCUGUACACAGCUAUAGGGCUUUAUUGGGAAUGAAACUGCUUCUUCUUCUUCUUGAGAUCAAGCUUCUGCAGGCAGGCAGUGUAAAUAGGCCUGGGUUAUUAUUUUUGGGGUGUUAAGCUAAGGUAGAAGCAGACCCGUCAUGGAGAGAGUAAGUAAAAAGCUCACACUAGCAGCACCGCAGGGAUCUGGAAAUUUAGCACUCAAAAGGGCUCUGUCUAUAUAUCUACCUAUCUGUCUGUCUGUCUAGACACAAACACACACAAUACUGUACAAAUGAUCUAGAAAUAUACUUUAUAAAUGAGUGAUUACUUUUUUAGCUGAGAAAUCAUUUGUACAAAUACCUUCAGAAGCCAACACCAUGCCUCCAUACACCGACAGUUUCUAUGGGACUGAUGUCACCAUCCAAUACGUUUGCCUCAUUUAGAUUUGUCAUUGGUGGUUUUAGAGGGGUGUAAAUGUCGAGAAUCAAGCAGCAUGGUGACCAGCAUACCGGUAAGGUUCAGAUGUGCCUUGAGGUGGGCUUGGUAGAUCACUCUGAAAACUGGUACCAUUGCCAGCUGGCUGUCUGAAUAAGAACUUUGUGCAUCAAGGAUGCGUUGGACGUUGCUUUGAGUCCCCUGAUCCAAUCCGUACUAGGAAAGUUCACCCUUUGGCUGUGUAAGGAAUGGUAGAGGUGAGCCUUCCAGUCAGAAUAGCUGAAUCUGAGUAAGGAAACUCGCUGCCCUUUUGAUAGCUUUUAAUUUGCAUUGGUAGCUAAGGAUUGAAAUAAUAUACCCCAUACACAUGUUAGAUAUUAAAUAGGAGGGUCGAAUGAGGCAAAUCAAAUAUAGGUUGUUUAUUUGAGGAAAAUGAUCAUGGUUUAUUUUUAGUUCCAGGAAUAUUGCAGCAGGUGCCUCUACAGCUGUUGUCGCGCUAGAACUUCCACCAGAACUUUUGGUUCCACGAGAACUGGAGAGCUGCCAAUGCUUGUGUUUUUAUUGCUCUUUUUAAUUCUUACUGUGCACUUUCUUGGCCAGAGUUUCCCAGAGUAUACAGAGCUCAUAUCAGAUAUGGGAUUGUAAGAAGCCUUGUUAUCCUCUAGUGCAGUGAUCCCCAACCAGUGGUUCGUGAGCAACAUGUUGCUCCCCAACACCUUGGAUGUUACUCCCUGUGGCCUCAAAGCAGGUGCUUUUUUUUUGAAUUCCUGGGUUGGAGGCAAGUUUUGGUUGUAUACAAACCAGGUGUACUGGCAAACAGAGUCUCCUGUAGGCUGCCAGUCCACACAGGAGCUACCAAAUAGCCAAUCACAGCCCUUAUUGACACCAUCAUGAACAUUUUUCAUGCUUGUGUUGCUCCCCAACUCUUUUUACGUUUGAGUGUUGCUCACAGGUAAAAAAGGUUGGGGAUCCCUGCCCUACUGCCACCUUACUACUAAUGGCCUACUGGGGCAGAUUACGUUACUCUUAAGUAAGAAGGUAGAUUAUUGAUAUUGCUUUGGCACCAUACACUGGCCAGUGGUCUGAUGACACCCUUGUCGGCCUAUGGAUGCAGUCCUUGGCUUAUGGAUCUUCACGACCCACCCACAUGAACUGAUGAGAGAGACUUGUUGUAUAAAUCCAGAUCAAUCCUUUGGCUGGGCAGACUAGAUGCUUCUGACUUGAAGGUUGGACGAAAUGCUGGUAGACAUUGGCUGACAUGUUUGAGGUAUAUUUAUCAGGCUUGGUAUUUUGGAACAGUGCUGGUGGUUUGGAAGAGCGACUGCCCCAUGAUCAUGCUGUGAGAGCUGAUCCAAUAUCAUGUCCUUGCCCCUCACUAUAAGAAUGGACAUUUAUCCUGCCACUUAUUUGCAGACUUGGUGCUCCACUACCUUUAAGUCAAGUGUGUAGUCCAGUGUAGGAAAACAGGGUGCUUAGGGAUCAGUUGGCUUUGCAUGCACUUAGCCAUGGCUCACACCUCAUGGAUUAAGAAAAGCAGAGCAGGGAGACAUACAGUUCCCAUUGCCCUAAAUAUCAGUGAACAAGGUGUAAUGAAAAUAUUUGGUACAUACUCACACGCUGCACUGUAGGCUUUCACCUUCUGUAGGGUCCCAACACUGUAGGCCGUCACUUUCUAUGGGGUUAAAGGCCACGCUGCACAGUAGGCCACCAUUUUCUUUAUGGUAACAGGGCAACACUGCACCGUAGGCUAUCUCUUUCCUUAGGGUAACAGGGCUACACUGCACCGUAGGCCAUCACUUUCCUUAGGGUAACAGGGCAACACUGCACCGUAGGCCAUCACUUUCCUUAGGGUAACAGGGCAACACUGCACCGUAGGCCAUCACUUUCCUUAGGGUAACAGGGCAACAUUGCACCGUAGGCCAUCUCUUUCCUUAGGGUAACAGGGCAACGCUGCACCGUAGGCCAUCACUUUUCUUAGGGUAACAGGGCAACACUGCACCGUAGGCCAUCUCUUUCCUUAGGGUUACAGGGCAAAGCUGCACAUAAGCCACCAUUUUCCUUAGGGUUUUACGGCAACGCUGCAUCACAGGCUGUCACUUCCCCUAGGGUUACAGGGCGACGCUGCACAUAAGCCACCACUUCCCUUAGGGUUAAAGGGCAACACUGCAUCACAGGCUGUCACUUCCCCUAGGGUUACAAGGCAACACUGCACUGUAGGCUUGUGGCCCUACUGUAAGGAUUUAAGGCAAUACAAAUAGAGUAGGGUUUCUGAAUAUUACAGCUUAGGGAUAGGUGACUUUUGCUGGGUUCUCUUUUAUUGUCCCCUGAAUGGCAGGAUGGCCACAAUCCAUGGAUGCUUUGCUGCGAGCAUGUGUUAUGUGUAAGAUGCGAAUGAAGGGGGUCUCAUUUAACCUUUCCUUUUUAUAAGUGGUAACCAUCUUUUAAAGUGCACUAUAAAAAAUAUAUAUAUAUAUUUUUGAUUUUUAUUUUUCCGCUCCGUAUCUCCAAACUGCUUAACCCCCCAAUGGUUCUGCUGCCCCCUCCCCACCCCUUUUUCCACUUUGCAAACGUAUUGCACAUACCAGAAAGACUGGACAUGCCCAUCGGGGUCCUUUCCUACCCCGGCCUUCCCCCAGAACCCCCUAAAUCAGAAGGACUCUUCUUUGUACAGUGUAUUUAAUCCAGUGCAUGGUCUGUUCUCUUUACCAAUAUACAGAACACCGCCAUUGUUUAAUAUAUAUAUAUAUAUAAAUAUAUAUAUAUGAUAGUGAGUGCUCAGGUCAAGGAGUUAUGUUUUUAUACACAGCCUCCCACCUAUUCUUCCUCUCGAUGAUGAGGGGGGGUGCCGAUUUGAGCACUGAUGUUCAUGUGAAUAAUGAAGAGGGAAUAUAAAAAAAAAAGAAACAUUUUCUGUUGACUACUUUCAUUUUUCUGCUCUUAUUAACCCCCCACGUACCCUUUAGCUGUUGCAGGUGUUAUGAGCCACUCUGUAGAACAGAGAAAGGCAGCCUUCGACUCUGCAGAACUACAACUUUCAUUUUAGCUGCCGGGGAGGGGGGGGGGGGAUUUAUGGGAUUUGUAGUCUGAAGAGCCAAGGUUGCCAGUGGUUUCAAUGCCUCUAACAUCUUAAGAAGUUAGGGGGGGGGGGAAGCACGCUAGGUGCCUGGGUUUAUAAACAAAGAUACAAAACAGCCCCCCAACACUUUUAUUUUAUGUCUUUAACUUUUAUUUUCUUCUCAUUACCGCUGUAUUUGCUUGCUCUGUUUUUUCCUUGUCUGUACAUGUGAAGUGUGAGAUAGAUGUGAACAAUAAUUCCUACCUUCCCGAGCCGCCUUCUCUCUAUAAACUGUAAUUGUAAAUUCAACAAGAAAUUGUAUGGGAUGAAAGAGAAAAGAAAUGUACUUAUUUAUAAAUGGUUAAUUACACUUA